ACGGAGCGCUGCUGAAUAAACUCUGACAUCAUUUCUGUGCGACAUGCCGGAUGGAAACCAGAAAGCAUCUGCAUGUUGUUGAUGUUUUAUAUGAGUUAAAACUAGUGAUUCAACACUUUAAAUGUACAUGUAGCGUUAGCUAUCAAGGAAUUAGCUGUCGGUAGCAACGUAGGUGCAGCCUCGCAUGUUUAACUUCAGUCUUUGUUCCAUAAAUCCACCACAAUACAUAUACAUGUGCAACGUUUAGCUACGUUACCAUUAGCGACUAGACAGCGUUGCUUAGCUACUGGUUACUGGUUAUUCUGACCAACGCUGGUCUCUGACGCGGGUUAAAGGUGACGUUAUGAGUUAUGGAUAUGGAGGUCGAGGAGGAAGAGGAGGCAGAAGAGGAGGAGGUCGAGGAGGAGGUGGAGGCUACAGAGAUGGAAGCAGAGAGAGAUGGGACAGAGGAGGAGGAGGAGGAUCGAGAGGACACAGAGAGGACUCUGACCAGGACCGAGGAGGAGGAGGAGGAGGAGGACAACGGGACCGUCCUCCUCCUCACCUGAAGGGUCGUGAGAUCGGUCUGUGGUAUGCAAGAUAUGGAGCCGUGAGGAAGAAGCAGAAUGACCGCAGAUCGCGGGCGGUGGUCGGGAUGGAUGAGGCCAGAGAGCAGCACAUCACCAAGCUGCUUAACUCUGUCCAAAAUGAUCAGCCCGGUCCAUGGAGGGAAGGCAGGGAUGCAAGAGCCUCUACGUCUGACAGCAGGCGGACAGCUGCCAGUAGCAGUGGUCAUUGUUUCUUUGAUGGGGAUGCGCCUGAAGAAGAUAAACUGAAGAUGGAGUUGAAAUCUGACGAAGAGGAGGAAGAAGUUACUCCAGGCCAGAAGAAAGCAACUCACAAAUCACAACGUUACUUUUCUGCAGCAGUCGUUAAAGAUGAGACUCCGGACGCGUGGGAUGAAGACGAACAGCAGCAGCAGCAGCAGGACGAGGAGGAGGAGAAGGAGGAGAAAGAGAAACUGAGAAGGAAAGACAAGGACCUGGAGUACUUAUAUCAGGAAGUAGUCAGAGACGAAUCACUGGAUGACCGCUUAAAGAGAGAUCUGCAGAGCAAGAAAUCCGAUUAUAAGUACAAAGAAAUGCUGAAAUUCAGGGAAAAACUACCAUCUUAUGGCAAAAGAGAGGAGCUGGUUGAGCUGAUCAACUCAAACCGUGUCCUGGUGGUGAGUGGGGAAACGGGGUGUGGAAAGACCACCCAGGUCACCCAGUUCAUCCUAGACGACUACAUCAACAGAGGCGUGGGCUCAUUGUGUCGCGUGGUCUGCACGCAGCCUCGACGCAUCAGUGCCAUCUCGGUAGCAGAACGUGUAGCAGCAGAGAGGGCAGAAAGUGUCGGGAAUGGAAAUUCUUGUGGUUACCAAAUCCGCCUGCAGAGCCGGUUACCACGGAGACAAGGCUCGGUCCUGUACUGUACGACAGGCAUUAUUCUUCAGUGGCUUCGCUCAGACCGAUUGCUGUCCAGUAUCAGCCACCUGGUGUUGGACGAGAUCCACGAGAGGAACCUGCAAUCUGACGUUUUGCUCGUCAUCGUGAAGGACAUACUCAAGCAUCGAGACGACCUCACGAUCAUCCUCAUGAGUGCCACGCUCAACGCAGAGAAGUUUUCCAAAUAUUUUGACAACUGUCCAAUGAUCCACAUCCCUGGUAUGACGUUCCCAGUGGAGGAGUUCCUACUUGAGGACGUUGUGGAGAUGACCAGUUAUCGCUCCCAGAAUCAGGACCGUCGCCCCUCAUGGAAGAGAGGCUUUAUGCAGGGGCGCAACUCCAGACCUGAGAAGGAGGAGAAAGAGGCUGAAUACAAGGAGAGCUGGCCUUGUUACGCACGCACACUGCAGGGCAGAUACUCUGACAACACCAUUGAGACACUGGAGAUGUUGGACAACGAUGAGAAGAUUGACCUGGAGCUGAUCCUGGCACUGAUUCGCCAUAUCGUGCUCAAGCAGGAGGAAGGAGCAAUCUUGGUCUUCCUUCCUGGCUGGGACAACAUCAGCGGCCUCAAUGACCUGCUCACGGCUCAACAGAUGUUCCGAUCAGACCGGUUCGUUAUCAUCCCUUUGCACUCCCUCAUGCCUACCGUUAAUCAGACGCAGGUGUUCAAACGGCCUCCUCCUGGAGUCAGAAAGAUUGUGAUUGCUACCAAUAUAGCUGAGACCAGCAUCACCAUAGACGACGUUGUUUACGUGAUCGAUGGAGGCAAGAUCAAGGAGACCAACUUUGACACCAACAACAACAUCAGCACCAUGACAGCAGAGUGGGUCAGCCUGGCCAACGCCAAACAGAGGAGAGGACGUGCUGGCAGAGUGUGUCCCGGGAAGUGCUAUCAUCUGUACAACGGUCUCAGGGCCAGCCUGCUGGAUGCCUAUCAAUUACCCGAAAUCAUGAGGACACCGCUGGAGGAGCUGUGCCUGCAAAUCAAGAUACUGAAGCUUGGGUCGAUAGCUCGGUUCCUGGAGAAAGCCCUGGACCCUCCCACUGAAAAGGCCGUCAACCUCGCCAUCAAGAACCUCUCAGACCUGAACGCCCUGGACCGUUCAGAGAACCUGACAGCGCUGGGUUUCCACCUGGCUCGUCUGCCCGUGGAGCCUCACAUCGGCAAACUCAUCCUGUUUGGAGCUCUGCUGGGCUGCCUCGACCCCGUGCUCACCAUCGCCGCGUCACUCAGCUUCAAAGACCCUUUCUUCAUACCCUUGGGUAAAGAGAAGAUGGCAGACAUGAGAAGGAGGACCCUGUCAAGAAACUCCAAGAGUGACCACCUCACUAUUGUCAACGCUUUCCAGGGCUGGCAGGAAGCCAAACAGCGCGGUGCCAGGUAUGAGAGGGAGUACUGCUGGGACAACUUCCUCUCUGCCAAUACACUCCAGAUGCUGCACAACAUGAAGGGCCAGUUUGCUGAGCAUCUAAUGAACACAGGCUUUGUCAGCAGCAGGGACCCCAAAGACCCCAAAUCCAAUGUCAACUCUGAUAAUGAAAAGUUGAUCAAGGCGGUGAUUGUAGCCGGUCUGUACCCGAAGGUGGCCACGAUCAGACCGUCUGGCAGCAAGAAGAGGCCCGGGGUGAAGGCGUACACCCAGGCUGAUGGAAAGGUGUGCAUCCACCCGAAAUCAGUCAACGCCGAAGAGACUCAGUUCAACUACACAUGGCUCAUCUACCACCUCAAGAUGAGAACGAGCAGUAUCUUCCUGUAUGACUGCACCGAGGUGUCCCCGUUCUCGCUGCUGUUCUUCGGGGGAGACAUCACGAUCCAGAAAGACGAAGACCAGGAAACCAUCGCCGUGGACGAGUGGAUCGUCUUCAGGUCCCCGGCGCGCAUCGCUCACCUCGUCAAGAGUUUAAAGAAAGAGCUGGAUUCUCUGCUGGAGGAGAAAAUCCGUAACCCCGCUCCCGUGGACUGGCAGAACCGUCAGUCCAAAGACUGCGCGGUCAUCACAGCCAUCAUCGACCUCAUCACCACCCAGGAGAAGCCCACAGGCAGCGCUCAAGGCUAUGACAGAACGUGGGCCCCAAGAGGACAACGCAUUCAGUUCAAUGACGACGAGGACGACGAGGAUUAGAAGUGGCCAAAUUUCGAGCUGAAGAGAAGAGCCUUGGAAAACGACUGGUUGCAUCCUUGGACACAGAGGUCAGUUGGGAUAUUUAUGAUAACCAGCUGGCCUCCUUGAUGGUGCUCCUGAAUGCCAAACCAAGCACGCAAGAGCACUGGAAAAUGUUAUGCACUUGAAUGACUCCCAUUAUUCUUUUUUUUUGUGCCUAUUCUGUCGUUAUUUUGCAAGGACCAAUCCAUGUUCGAAUACACUCGGCAGCGGUUUUGUUUACUGUUUUCAUUUGUAUAAAUGUUGCUCGUUUUUAAGCAAUGUCACUUAAAAGUCUGCGCAAUAAAGAAAGGAUGUUAAAAAAAAAAAAA